GAAAUCUCGGAAGCCACGUAAACAAGGUAAAAUGCGGUGAAGAGUUCAAGCGGGAGCAAGUAUAAACGGCCGUCAUGGCGUCGUCUGGGGAUGUUGUUGCCCCGGCAAAGAGCGUCGAUAAGCUCAAAUAUCUAGAGAAAUACAUGUCCGGGAAGGAAAAGAAAAAGAAGAAACGAGUAAAGCCUUCUUCAACGCAGAGGUUACGAAUACUGGAUGACGACGUCGAUUUGAAGCAUAUCCCCUCGGCACAGAGUCGCGAAGCAACACCCGAAGACGACGAACCUGUAGUUGCUUCUGUUAUUGACGACCGACCUUUACAGGCCCGUGUAGCGGAGCAGUACACGCCUGCCCAGUGGAAAAAGAUUGGCAAAGAUGCAGGCAAAGAAGUUGGCUCGCUUGCUGAGAAAAGACCAGCCGAGGACAGCGAUGAGUCGCCUCCGCGGAAGCGGCAGGCUUGCUACAGAGGCAGGCACGAUUCCGACAGUGACCUCUCCCCGGAGCGGCCGAGUGCGAAUGCGGAGUUACCGGAAAAGCACGAAGAACGCGCGAGGAGCCAGCGCAACCGAGGGACACCACCGCCAGUGGAAUCGAAAAGUUCCCGUCGUAAGCCAUCCCCUCAAAGGGCGAGGCAGCAUUCAUCGAGUAGUGAUGUAUCUCCACCGAGAAGACCAUCGCCCCCGAGCAGAUCAAACAGAGAGACGGGCGGGUCCCCUCAAAAGCACCAUUCGUCAUCAUCGAAGCACAGAAGCGACGACACUCUCUCGGUUGCACGCAAACAUAGGAAGGAACAGACUGGCACACAGCGAAGUUCAUCUCCCGACCUUUCUGGGGCCAAAGAUGCCAGAGUUAAAGUAAAAGUGGAACCGACUGAUCAAACGGCAGAAAGAAGGAACAAUCGAAACAAAAGUGACGGCAAGCACAGUCGAACGCAUGCAUCAAACGAGCUACCCGAGCCGCCUUCGAAAUCGAGAAGAGGCCAUACCGAUUCCGAACACAGCUCAUCCAAAAACAAGUCUCACAAGCACGACAAAAGACGUCAUUCACCCGACCAUGCUGAGGUACGCAUAAAGGUUGAACCGAAGUCACCGAGCGAUGACCGUGGUGUUGAGAGGAUGCCACGGGCACGGCACGACUCCGAUAGUGAUUUAUCACCGGUGAGGACUACGCGUGGUGCCGAAAACAUCGACAGUGACCUUUCACCCGAGCGCCCUCGAAGAACGACUGAUAGUGUCCCCAGUAAAGGUAGACAUGAUUCAGACAGCGACUUGUCGCCACCGCGGCCGGGGAAAGCACCGGAAAAGCGCAGUGGAUCGGACAGUGAUUUGACACCCGUGCGCCAACCUCGCUCUAUGAGUGAAAGCCCAGUGCCGUUCAGACUCCGUGGCUCUGACCCUGUGAAGGUUUCGUGCCCCGACGGCUCCGGGCACUACCUUGUUCAACCGGGUGAAUUGCGUGAGAAGUUCCGAGAGCGCUCAAAGCAGACGCCUCACAAAAGUAGAAAGGUAACUAGAAAAGGCUCGCCCUCGGUGUCGAAGCAUAAGUCGGAAAAGCACAGGAAGGAUGAAAGGGAAAGCACCAAGGGCAAAGAAGUGGAAAAAGUGCAAGAAGUUGUGAAGCUUCGAGACACCACUAAAGCUGACAAAGCCAAGGAGAAAGCUGCGAAAGAGGCGGAAAUGGCCAGCAUCUACAGCAAGUGGGGGAAAGGUCUCGCUCAGCAAGAGCAGCAGGACCAAAAUCUGGCUGAACACCUGCACGAAAUGUCCAAGCCCUUCAGUCGUUAUGAAGAUGACGAAGACCUGGAGAAACACCUGAAGGACCAGGAAAGAGAAGGAGACCCGAUGCUGAACUACAUCCGAAAGAAAAAGAAGAAGCAAACAGGAGAAGGUGCUUCUGGUCGUCCUGCAUACAGUGGCCCAGAGCCUCCGCCAAAUCGCUUUGGAAUUCGUCCUGGCUACCGUUGGGACGGAGUGGACCGGUCAAACGGCUUCGAGAAGAAGCUGAUAGAGUCAAAAAAUAAUAAGAAGGCGAUGGAAGAAAUUGCGUACAAGUGGAGCGUAGAAGACUUGUAGCCUUCCUUUUAUGUUACACUUAUGUAACAACUGUUUUUACAUAAAAUGUUAUUUAAAUACGGAA